UCAAACCUGGCAACCCUUGUGUAGUUCCGGGGGAGGCGCUUCUCUGCAGUAGUUUCUGGAAGAACCUCAUGCUUCACCAUGGAGAAAGUUUCAGCGUUGAAAGACCAGGGCAACAAGGCUCUGAGUGCAGGAAACAUCGACGAGGCCAUACGUUGCUACACCGAGGCCUUGGCUCUCGACCCAUCGAAUCACGUCCUGUUCAGUAACCGCUCAGCUGCCUACGCCAAGAAGGGAAACUAUGAGAACGCUCUCCAGGAUGCCUGUCAGACCAUCAAGAUUAAGCCUGACUGGGGAAAGGGCUACUCCCGCAAAGCAGCGGCUUUGGAGUUCCUUGGCCGACUGGAGGAUGCUCGAACAACUUACCACGAGGGAAUCCGACAGGAGCCAAACAAUCAGCAGCUCAAGGAGGGUUUACAGAACAUUGAGGCCCGGCUCGCAGAAAAAACCAUGAUGAACCCCUUCGCCAUGCCCAACUUGUACCAGAAGCUGGAGGGGGAUUCUCGGACUCGUGAGCUGUUGUCGGAUCCCAGCUACAGAGAACUCCUGGAGCAGCUCAGAAGCAAACCAUCUGAGCUUGGCACGAAGCUGCAGGAUCCCAGAGUGAUGACGACGCUCUCCGUGCUCCUGGGACUAAACCUCUCUGAGAUGGAGGAGGAGGAAGAACCCACUCCCGCUCCUCCUCCCCCGAAGCCCAAAGAGACUCAGCCGCCUCCUCCGAAAGAGGAAGAUCUCCCUGAAAACAAAAGAAAGGCCUUAAAGGAGAAGGAGCUUGGAAAUGCUGCGUAUAAGAAUAAGGACUUCGACACGGCACUAAAACAUUACGAAGAAGCAAUUAAACAUGAUCCUACCAACAUGACCUACAUAUCAAACCAAGCAGCCGUGUUCUUCGAGAAAGGAGAGUUUGAAAAAUGCCGGGAGCUGUGUGAGAAGGCCAUUGAUGUUGGCAGAGAGAACCGAGAAGACUACAGACAAAUUGCGAAGGCCCUGGCUCGAAUUGGCAACUCGUACUUCAAACAGGAAAAAUACAAAGAAGCGAUUCAGUAUUUCAACAAGAGCUUGACAGAGCACCGCACUCCUGAUGUUUUGAAGAAAUGUCAACAGGCAGAGAAGAUCUUAAAGGAACAGGAGAAACUAGCAUACAUCAACCCCGACUUAGCCCUGGAGGAGAAGAACAAGGGCAAUGAUGCCUUCCAGAAAGGCGAUUACCCCUUAGCCAUGAAACAUUACAGCGAGGCCAUCAAGAGAAACCCCAGCGACGCCAAACUCUUCAGCAACAGAGCAGCCUGCUACACGAAGCUGCUGGAGUUUCAGCUGGCUCUGAAGGAUUGUGAAGAGUGCAUCAAACUGGAGCCCGGCUUCAUCAAAGGCUACACACGUAAAGGAGCUGCUUUGGAGGCCAUGAAAGAUUUCUCUAAAGCCAUGGAUGCUUACCAGAAGGCCCUAGAGCUGGACUCUUCAUCAAAGGAAGCCACAGAAGGCAUCCAGCGCUGCAUGGUGAGCCAGACCAUGAGGAACGACAGCCCCGAGGAGGUGAAGAAGAGAGCCAUGGCUGACCCCGAAGUCCAGCAGAUCAUGUCGGACCCCGCCAUGCGCAUGAUCCUGGAGCAGAUGCAGAAAGACCCUCAGGCACUCAGCGACCACUUAAAGAAUCCAGUAAUUGCGCAGAAGAUUCAGAAGCUCAUUGAUGUCGGACUGAUAGCCAUUCGCUGACGGACGACCGACGACACGUGUG